GCUCGAAGAAGUUCAGAGAGGCUUAUCUUCGGACUUAUCAUCACAGGGCUUUAGGAGACACACGUUCGGCUCAAGUCAAAGGUAAACUGCGUUUUGUUUGGUCAUUUUUGGCCCCCCCCCUCGUGCCCCUCACUGCCCCCCACUACUUUGUUUCUCCCCUUUCCUUCAAAGGUAUGAUAACGUGUAUCCAUGAUUUUAAUUAUAGCGCCUCAUUUACACUGUUUCGCAAUGAUGUUUAAAUGAAAACCUAAUACCGAAAGUUAAACUAAAAAGGACUAAGGCAAUUGUGUUUCCCAUGAAAGCAAUCAGCCGGGUGUGAAGUUGGCAGACAGUGAAAGGAGCUGCGUUGCUCUUGUGUCACAUAUAAGAGAUCAGCCAGGUGUGAAGUUGGCAGACAGUGAAAGGAGGUGCGUUGUUCUUGUGUCACAUAUAAGAGAUCAGCCGGGUGUGAAGUUGGCAGACAGUGAAAGGAGCUGCGUUGUUCUUGUGUCACAUAUAACAGAUCAGCCAGGUGUGAAGUUGGCAGACAGUGAAAGGAGCUGCGUUGUUCUUGUGUCACAUAUAAGAGAUCAGCCAGGUGUGAAGUUGGCAGACAGUUAAAGGAGCUGCGUUGCUCUUGUGUCACAUAUAAGAGAUCAGCCAGGUGUGAAGUUGGCAGACAGUUAAAGGAGCUGCAUUGCUCUUGUGUCACAUAUAAGAGAUCAGCCAGGUGUGAAGUUAGCAGACAGUUAAAGGAGCUGCGUUGUUCUUGUUUCUCCUCACACUCUGCGGCAGAUAAGUGUUUCUAUCAUGACAUAUGAGGAUUUUUUUUUUAUAUUGAAAACUGAAUUUACAAAACAUAGAGGACAUAUUACAAAACAUAGAUGACAUAUUUCAAAACAUUGACGGCAUAUUACAAAACAUAGAUGACAUAUUUCAAAACAUUGAUGGCAUAUUACAAAACGUAGAUAACAGUUUACAAAACUUAGAUGACAUAUUACAUAACUUUGUUAAUAUAUUAAAAGACGUAGAUGACAUAUUACAAAAUGUAGAGGAUAUAUUACAAAACCCUUUUGACAUUGAAAAACCUAGAUGACAUAUUAACAUUUUCUAGAAGAUAACAUAUUGCAAAAUCUAGAAGAAACAUUACAAAAACCUCGAUGACAUAUUACAAAAUCUAAAUGACAUAUCACAAAUCUAGAUGACAUAUUACAAAAUGUAGAUGCCAUAUCAAAAACCUUAUUGACAUAUUAAAAAAACCUAGAUGACAUAUAAACAUUUUCUGUAAGUUAACAUUUUCCAAAAUCUAGAUGACUCAUUACAGAAACCUCGAUGAAUAUUACAGAAACCAGAUGACAUAUUUCAAAACCUUGAUGAUACAUUACAGAAACCAGAUGACAUAUUUCAAAACCUAGAAGCAUUCACAAACCCUUUCAAAACUUUCAUUUCAUACACAUUUUUUUGUAUUGAUCUAAUCAAUGUAUUCCACUGAAUUUAUCAUGAACAUAAAAUUCUGACAAUGAAAAAUAUCAGUAGAUUUCUUACACGAUAGAAAUCGAAAGUAGCCACACGUGGGAGCGUAUGCCACAGUUGCUACCACACGGUUAAAUCUGAUAAAAGGAAAGACAUUUCCUAAUCCCCACUUGGAAUAUAUAUAUAUAUAUAUAGUUUAAAACAAUUUUAUGGUACUUUUUUAUGGCAUUUGCUAGUCCAACAAUUUGGAACACCCUUCCAGUCGAUCUCAGAAACAAUCAGACUCUGGAGUCCUUUAAAACCGAUUUAAAGACACAUCUAUUUCGCAAACACCUGGGAUGAUUGUCUACCUUAUUUUCCAGUUAAUGCAUAAUGGCUGUGUUGCUUAGGGUUGAAAUUAGGUUGUUUUUUGUUGUUUUUUUUUUUUUACUUUGUACCGCGCUUCGAGCCUUUGGGGAUGAAGCGUGUUUUUGAAAUAAACUUUAUUAUUAUGAUUAUUAUUGAAAGACAAAUUCUGAUUCAGAACAUAAAUGAAACGGUCUUAUAUUUGGCUGCAAAUUUUUUUAAAUAUGUACAAUUAGAAAGUUCACAUUACACUAAGACAAGUCAGACACGAACACAAAUGAAAAGGACCGUUAAUAUGUUUCAAAUUAAGAGCCGAACACGAAAAGAAAUAUCUCUCUUUUAAUCUGCAGAUGUCUCACGCUGUCUUCGCCUGUCUCCUGGCCGCCAUUACCACCGCCUCCAUCACCCACGGGCAACAGCAGCACAACCCGUGCGCGGGAACCGGAAGCGGUCCGCUCGCCGUCCGACUCGAGGCCAACAUCCACGCCAACGACGCCAACCGAGAUUGGGUCGUCUCCGGGUCCGAGAUCACGAGCGACCUGACCAACAACUACGACAAAGAUGGCGACGGCUGCGUCACGCUGCAGGAGUGGAUCGACGUCUGGAAGGGUUUCAAAUUUUCCCCCGAGUACGCCACGGCGAGGAUCAAAGACCUCGGAGUUGACGUCACAUCCACGUGUCCGAUUAAAGUGGACGCCUUCAGCGCCGUGUCCAUCCCAAUGACCACUUUCAUCAACGCCAACAUCGAUUCGCUCGUUAAACUGUGCGAGGGGAACACAACUCUGUACGAAACCGUCUGCGACUGUUGGGAGUUGAAGCACGAGUUGUGUGUGCGUGAUCCGUCCUUUCAGACGUACGCGACGUGCCAGAAAUACGUUUCUACGGUUAUUGUCGGACGAUGAGCCAAUGCUAGUUAAAUAAAAAAAUAUAUAUUUUUUUUAAA